ACUGCCCCAUGGCCCAUUGCUUACGCAUAACUGCGGCGGGGACACGCGACGCUACCGACUUCGCCGCCGCCUCCUUCCUUCCGCCCGUCGAGUCGACCGACCGAUUGUUCGCGGGUCGCGGCCUCCCUCCUAGUCAGAUCCACUCAAUCCCAAGAGGCCAAGUCCAAACCCUACCCACCACCCUUCUCAACCAGCGAUGAUGGCAGCGGAGCCCUCGCCGUCGGUUCCCUCCACCGCCGCUGACGCCCUGGAAACCCUCGCCCUCGACUCAUCCUCGUCGUCCGCCGCCGCUACCGCCUCCACUUCCACCGACCCCCUCCUCCGGCCACCUACCUCCCCGACCGCCGCCGCGAGCGACGACCCAUUCGUCAUCGACGACUUCGACGAGGACGACUUCUCCACCGCCCCGGCGCCCAACGUCGCCCGCCAGCCGCGCGCUGCGCGUGGUGAUGCGGCGUCCCCAGUGUUCGCCAAAAUCACCGUAUCGGAUCCCAAGAAGCACGCGGAGCCCAGCGGCGGGGGUGCCGCCGGUGUGAUCCCGGGGUCCGGUAGCUACUUCUCUUACCUCAUCACCACCCGUCUUGCGGGCGGCGGCGGGGAGGUCCGCGUGCGGCGGCGCUUCCGCGACGUGGUGACCCUCGCGGACCGCCUUGCCGCAGCCCACCGUGGCCUCUUCGUCCCGGCCCGACCCGACAAGAGCGUCCUCGAGGGGCAGGUCAUGCAGCGCCACGACUUCGUGAGCCAGCGGUGCGCUGCGCUCCAGCGCUACCUCCGCCGCCUUGCCGUGCACCCCAUCGUCGGCCACAGCCCUGACCUCCGCACGUUCCUCACGGAGCCUGGUGCCGUCCCUGCCUUUCAGGGUGAGCCCCCGCGGUACUGGACUACCACGCUGAAUGCUGCUGCUCCGCUGGUGCCAACGAAAGCUAGGAGGGACUUGUUUGGGAUGUUUAAGGGUCUCAAGCAGACGGUGGUGAAUGGACUGGUUGCAACAAAGCCUCCACCUGUGGAGCAGGAGACAGACACAGAGUUCCUGGCGCACAAGGCCAGGUUUGAUGACUUACAGCAGCAGCUUACCAUAACAUCACAGCAGGCGGAAGCGCUUGUUAAAGCCCAAGAUGAUCUUAGAGAAACUACAGGUCACUUGGGAAUGACAUUGAUUAAGCUGGCAAAAUUUGAAAGAGAGCAGGCAACAUGUAAUUCCCUAAGAAGACGUGCUGGUGAAAUCCAUAAUUUUGCAAAUUCUGUUUUAAAGAUGAGCAGGUCACAGAUAAAAUUAAACUCUGAAAUGGUGAAACACCUGGGCAGUAUCCAUGAAUACUUGGAGAUGAUGAUAUCAGUUCAUCAUGCAUUCACAGAUCGCUCUAAUGCUUUAUAUUACGUGCAAAGUCUGUCAGCAGAUUUGUUUUCCUUGCACACCAGGGCAGGGGGACUUGAAUCUUCAUCAGCAAGAGAUAUGGGGCAUGAGUGGUCAACAUAUCAGAAGGUAGAGGGGUUGAAAGAAGCAAUAAGAUCUGCGGAAGCAGCCAAAAGUGAUGCCGUUAGAGAAUAUGAAAGCAUUAAGGAAAACAACAUGAUUGAAAUAAAAAGAUUUGACAAGGAAAGACGUCAUGAUUUCAUUGAGAUGCUGAAAGGUUUUGUGGUAACUCAGGUGUCUUAUUCAGACCAUUUUGCUAAUAUGUGGACAAAGGUAACAGAGGAAACAGAAGUAUAUGCCAACAGGAGCAACUGAUUUGUGAAAUUGGGUCCCGGCAGAUGAGCAAAUUGGCUCCACGAGAACUGGCAUAUGUGAGAACCAUACGCAAGAUUUUUCUCGGUGAUAACUACUACUAACAACUGUCUCUGUUCCAAUUACAAAUCUUAAGAAAUUAAAAGAUGUUUUGGUUUUUCUAGAGACAUUAUAAAUUUAUUUAGAUAUAGUGUAUAUCUAAGUGCUUAAGUUGGCUUUAAUGAUGACUUAUGGGUUACAUUAAAGUAUAUUAUUUUAUAUUUUAAUAGAGGAGAGAGAAGCUAGCUCUUAAUCAAGAGCUUAGUUUAUAAAUAUUUCAAGGUUAUAUGAGAGUGCCUCUCAUGUAUGGCUAUUCAUGUUA